AUGGCUUGGUCUCAAUCGACUAGCCUUUGGUUCGUUUUAGCGUUGUGUUUAAUCGUCGGGGUUAGUAAUGCACUCGACAAAGUUAUUUUUGAACCCAACGGGCAUCAUAAUGCACCCAGACAAAGCCGUGUUGCACCCAAAGGCAAUCACGGUCCACCUAAACGCAAUCACGGUUCUCCUAAUGAGACUCAUAUUGCACCUAAGGAGGCUCCUAGUACACCUAGAGGGCCUAGUGUUAGCUCUAAACCAAAACAAGCCCGACCAUUUUUUGUGUUUGGUGACUCGUUGGUUGAUAGUGGUAACAAUAAUCAUUUGAUGACCCAAGCACGAGCUGAUAUGCCACCGUAUGGCAUCGAUUCUCCUGAUCAUCGUCCUACUGGUCGUUUUUCCAAUGGCCUCAACAUUCCAGAUAUUAUCAGUGAAUACAUUGGGUCAGAACCCGUAUUACCAUAUUUGAGUCCGGAACUCACGGGUCAAAAACUUCUUCUUGGUGCAAAUUUUGCUUCUGCUGGAGUUGGAAUACGUAAAGAUACCGGGAUGCUUUUUGGGGACGUACUGAAAAUGCCAGCACAACUCCAACUCUUCGAAGAGUACCAAAAAAAACUUAGUCUUGUGACAGACGAAAAACAAGCAAAACAACUCGUGAACCAAGCAUUAAUCCUCGUUUCGUUGGGAGGCAACGAUUUCAUAAACAACUAUUGGCGGAAUCCGUUUAUGAUUAAGUCUCUAUUAACGGCUGUUCCUGAUUAUGUUACUAACCUCAUAUCCGAAUAUCGCAAGAUCUUGGAGAAAUUGUAUGAACUUGGAGCAAGGAGGGUCAUUGUUAUGGGUCCUGGACCGUUGGGGUGCGCACCAGGUGAGCGGAUGUUUCACAACACACAUGGUGAAUGUUCCCCUGAUCUUCAAGCCGCAGCUUCCUUGUUCGAGCCACAACUCGCAAAAAUGGUUCAAGAUCUGAAUGCUGAAUAUCAUGCUGAUGUUUUCAUCGCCGCGAACUCCAAACUCAUGCACCAUGAUCUGAUCUCUGAUCCUAAGGCAUUUGGUUUUGAAACAUCGCAGACGGCUUGUUGUGGAUUAGGGCCAUACAACGGUCUUCCUGCUUCAUGCACGAUACUUUCAAACUUGUGCCCGAAUAGGGACAAGUAUGUAUUCUGGGACGCUUUCCAUCCGACUGAAAGAGCUUGCAGAAUAAUAGUGCAUCAAAUUAUGCACGGUACACUCGAGUACAUGAAGCCAAUGAACCUGAGUGUUAUCAUGUCUCUCGACUCUAACGUGUGA